ACCCCUCGCCCUCCCGCCCGCCCGCCCGCCCGCCGCACACGCAGCCGCCCCGGCUCCCGGCGCCCAGCGCUCCGCUCUCCGCCGCCGCCGAGCGAAGCCGGGCUGGGCUUGGUGCUGCUCAUGGAGAAAGUGCCGGGCGAGAUGGAGAUUGAGCGCAGGGAGCGGAGCGAGGAGCUGUCCGAGGCGGAGAGGAAGGCGGUGCAGGCUACGUGGGCCCGGCUCUAUGCCAACUGCGAGGACGUGGGGGUGGCCAUCCUGGUGAGGUUCUUUGUGAACUUCCCAUCAGCCAAGCAGUACUUCAGUCAGUUCAAGCACAUGGAGGAGCCCCUGGAAAUGGAGAGGAGCCCCCAGCUGCGGAAGCAUGCCUGCCGGGUCAUGGGGGCCCUCAAUACUGUUGUUGAGAACCUGCAUGAUCCCGAGAAGGUGUCCUCCGUGCUCGCCCUGGUGGGCAAAGCCCACGCCCUCAAGCACAAGGUGGAACCCGUGUACUUCAAGAUCCUCUCUGGGGUCAUUCUGGAGGUGAUCGCUGAGGAAUUUGCCAAUGACUUCCCGCCCGAGACGCAGAGAGCCUGGACCAAGCUGCGCGGCCUCAUCUACAGCCAUGUGACUGCUGCCUACAAGGAAGUGGGCUGGGUACAGCAGGUCCCCAACGCCACCACGUGAGGAGGGCCCGCCGGCCACGCUGCCCUCUUCGGGGCCUUAGGGCCCCCUCUCUCCUCCCCCUUCCCUGGCAGCACCUUGAGCAGAAGGCCCAGUUCUGAAGACCGUCCUUGAGCCUCCAUUUCUGGGUGCCAAGGAAGCCGGAGGAAUCCCUGACUCGUCUUCCUGGAAAGAGGCCUCUGCCCCAGCCACAGUCCCCCUGGAGCCGCCAGGAGGUGGCACUGGCUGCCUGGAUGCUGGCUCAGUAGGCGCUGGUGGCCUGUGGGGGUGGGGGGGCCCUUCCUCCUUGAAGAGCUGGGCCCACUCUUCUUAGCUUUUCUACUCACUGUUAGAGACCUAGCUGAGCAGCUGGCAGGAGUCGGGGACAGGUCUGUGAGUCACUGCGGGGGGGACACCAGCCCCGUUUCUGUCUGCCCGACCAGCAUGCAGGUCUCCACAUCACCUACGUAGAGUAUUACGCACACAUAUCUACCAUAUAUACAGAUAUAUUCUCUAUAUGAUCUCUAUAUAAAUAUAUAUACCUACAUACAUAUCUAUAACAUAUAUGUGCGGGGCCCAGAGGUCACGUGAAGCCUCCAUUCAGCUCACCUGCGCGUGGGGCAGGAAGGGGUCCUGGUCAUGCUUCUGGGGAGAGAACAGUGUUCUGGCAGAAAUGGGGGUCCCACAGCAGCACAGAGAGGAUCUGGGUCCGCAGGAAGAGUUAGGGGGACCCAAGAGCCUGCGUGCGCAGGGUUGGGAUGACGCAGCUUGCCAGCAAAGCCCAGCCUAUUCUCUGACCAGUUCCCUACAUUCCUCCUUUCCACUUCUAAACAAGAAGGAUUUGGCUCUCCCCACCUUUACCCCCCACAAAAGGAUGUGGCUCCCUGUCUUGCUCCAAAAUGGGCAAGGGCAGACAGAGUGGCCCGAAGUUAUGGAUGGGAUGGCUGUGCUGGGGGAGGGGCCGCGGUAAAGAACCUGGAAUACCAGCCCCAUCUGCCUUUGCCACUAAGACAACGCCCGGAGGGGGGACCCUGAUGACAGGAUCAGAUGCCUCCAUCUCAUCCUGGAGCUCUGAGGGCCGAUCGCCUUUCCUCCCCCGGCCCCUCCUGUCUGCUGGCUGGCAGUAGGUCCUCUUGAUCAUCUAGGUCAGAGUUGCUGGGGACUGCCCCUUAUGUGUGCCCCUUGGUCACAUGUAUCGUCCUUAAGGAUGUUUUGCUGCUGUGACUAGUGUGCCUGUGUCCCCUCCUGUCCCAUCCGCGUGCAGCCAUCCAUAUAACUGCCUGCCCUCCUUUUGUAGUUUCUGAUGUUUGUAACCAGACCCAGCCUUGUCAUUAAACAGACUCGUUCUUCCUGUG